AUGCCAGUCGUGGACCCCGCCGUACAAAUGGGGCGCGACAGGGUAAACGGAGGGGUCAACAAUUGCGACUGACAUAUAUUCAGUCCAGGCGUACGUAGGCAGGCAAAAACACGUAGUUUGCUUGUAAAAUUGUAUAUACAGGGCGACUUACGCAAGGAACGUGCCCGCGCAUCCUAUACUGAAAAACGUGCAGAACUCUUGAUCAGUCCUGUUAAAAUCAAGAAACCAUUGACCUGUUGGACUGGGUCAUGACCCCGUCCGUUCUUAUUAGAAACAGCAUUCAGGAAGGAGCAUGGAAAGCCAGGCGACUCCCAAAAUCAGUCUCUUGCAUAUCUUUUAUGUCGCUGCCCACCAAUAUUUACGUCGCAUUGUUAUUGGAUGUCACUUUUCGGCAAUCUCAUCUCUUUCACAUAUUUGGCCCCAUUUAGAUUAUUUAGGCGGUUGCGCUUAUAAUUUCCAGUUUACAGACACUGUAUGCACUAUGUUUACUUAAUCUUCACAUUUGUUUUAUUUCGUCCUGCUAUCGAAGCUUAGCUUGGUAGAUGGAAACAUUAUAAUGUAAUCUAUCUACCAUGGCAUGUCCUUGGCCUUGACUCCUGGCUAAGGUGCAUUGGGCCACCGGAUUUGUUGCAUCCUAUUCUCUACACACCACCCUCAACUAUCAGUUUGGGUGUUGGACAGUGUAAAUAUUCAAAAACGUUUGCGAACCUUUUGCCAGAAAACAACAAUCUAUCCAAUUUAUAUAUCUGCAAGCUAUCAGCGAUUCACCCGUAAAUACUUCAGCGGUAACUUUUUGGGUAGAGUUUUGUCUCUUUGUCAACUGUUCUGCUGCUAAGCUACCUACUAUAAUCUGCGCAGUAUUGUAGUGCUUAAUUUCAUAACCACGUGCACACCCACAGAAGUGAAUCCAGAUAUCCCCCUAGUGAAAUAACCGAAGGGUUGUUAUAACCAAAGGUAGGGAUGGGUUGACACUUACCACUGGUGAGUAACACGGUUGUCUUUUUGGCAGUCGAUCAAAAAGUAUCUGUAAAGAACGUGCCCUCUACCAGUUCCUUCCAUAUUUUAAAUUUUGUUUUCGUUGUAGAUAUCCAAGAAUGAGGGUUGUAAGACACACUCAUUGUUUUUCUGGCACGCUUGCAUUGUAUCAGAAAAACAAAUUGGCUCCCUGGUACUGCACCCAUGUAAAGCUGCCAUCGUCAGUAUUGUGUUAUUCUAUUAACUGCCGGAGCACGGAUGACAAAACAUUUCAUCAUCGUAGCGUAAAUAACAGAUGACCAUGCGGCGUAUUUCACUCAUUCUGAGAGGUAGGCUUCCAAAAUUGCAGCGAUUUGUCUUACUGUGAACUGUCGUCACGAUUGAGUUGACUUCCACACUGUGAAUUCAGUCAGUCCGCGAGCCUUGCAAAUACAGUUGAAUUGAGCUUUUAGACAACUGGCAGUAGGCACCUAAAGUCAUAAUGCCACGUUGCUAAGCAAAAAACCAUUACACAGCCUGAGGGAGGUGGAAAUGUACCCACUCUACUUCAGAUGAGCACUUACGAAUUUCCUCUAACAUUUCGUGAUGGUAUGAUAUGUUUUGGUUUAUACGCACAGGAAACGGAAAAAUAAAUGUGCAGGUAGAAAUCGCCACAAGGCUGUACAUUAGAAGACUCUGAUAGAGUAGCCAUUGAAGUAUUUUCGAUUGCGGAUGCGUCAUUCAUCAUAAAAACCACUUUAAUGACGAGCUGUGCGACACCGUGGUUUGCAUACUGAGAGGAGGGCAACGCUGGAUGCUCACCCAUUUGACUCAAAAAAGGGACAAUGGCACCCCAAUAGUGUAUGAAAAAAUGUCAAAGCCACAUCAGAAUUAAUAUAACCUCUUUAUUUUUCUCACUUAUUAGUUGGAAUUUGCGAUGCUGACAGCAUUACGAUUUCUCGAACAGCCACAAUCUCCGCACUGGUAAAAGGCUUUAUAGUCCGACUUACAUGUGAAGAUGGCAUCGAAGUUCCCCUUCCUUCCGGAGUCAUUUGAAUGCCGGAAAUAAGGGAAGAGGCUUGAUAUCAACGGCCCAUUUCAGGAGGUAAAUAUUGUGCACCAUUGCUCCAUACACCUUGCCUUCCCAUAAGUCCUCGUUUUAACAGGUGGGUUAUAUUAUCCGAAUGCUUGGUAAUGUGUUAUGCAGAGUAAAGUCCCAGCGUGCCCUCAGAACGGGCCACGUGUUAGAUGCGCUGGGCCAACACGGGGGCCACAUCGGACUCUGGCAGGCGUUAUCUAUGCGCAAUAACAAAUGCCAACAUUUGCGGGGUUGACAGGCAGUUAAUCCAAAACCACGAUCUCUUUAAUUUCCACAUGUGCAAUCUUUUAGCGGUUUAUCUGUUAGUGCCUUGACGGUAACCUAUGGGAUACAGUCUUGCCUCUCUGUCAAACGUCCGCAGCUAAGCCACUUAUUACAAUCUGGUUAGGAUUUUAAUUCUUAAUUUCAUACCCAUAUGCACUCCUACAGAUGAAAAAUAAGCUAUUCAGAAGCCUGUGCAUUUCCCGGCUAUCCACGCAGUUGUAACUUUUAAAAACUUUUUAGUAAGAGUUUACUAAGCGAAGUCUAAUAAAGUUGAAAAAUAGAUCACAUGUUCUUAUCCGCCAUUUGAUGGCGUAUGUGAUUGGCAAAACGAAAUUUUCAACGCUGGAAAUGAUUAUCAUGCUUUUACUGAACUGAUAUUCAGAGCCCGGACACAAGGUUACUUAAACCCAGCUGUUGUUAAGCUUUCGGGAGUAGUCGAAGCCGUCGUCACACAAACUGAGUCCAACGUAACUGAUUUUAAUGUGUAUAGUUAUUAAUCGAAUAUCUUCCAAAGCGUCUUGUGUUGUCACCGAAUAUAAUUUCUCUCCCCGCAUCGCCUUCGGAAGCAGAUUUGUCAUUUGGUACUAAAUGACUAAUUGCAUCAGCGUAGACUUUUCGUUUACGGGCACAUGCUUGUGACGGUGAUCCAAACUUGCAUCAUCCAUAGAUUGCAUCGUUUCUGGCCUAUAGGACACGUGUCUGCACGCGCAAUAUUGCCUUAAGGCAGAAAAUAUCUUAUGUCGCGUCCUGCGUGUAUCAUUACGGCCUGAACAAUUUGGUUCCAUGAACCCUUCAUGUUACCAAACUAAAAAUAAAACAACCUUAAAACAGACUCUUUUGAUUUCGAUGACCAAAUGCAGGGGAGAGAGGACAAUUUUUCACGGAGUCCACACUUCCUGACCUCGACGAUGUGAUGGAGAUACAAAUCCGUUGGAAACCCUUCACGGGGGCACAUUUGAUAAACUUGACAGAGGGUAGUAUCCCGAGUGGUCGUAAUAUUUUGUGGACGUAUCGUAAACCACCGCCUCACUGAGAUGGUCUCCGCAGGGCUUUCUUGCACCUUUCUUGAGAGACUGAAUAUGUCGUUUAACCACGUUUUAAGGACAUUUCUGUUUUGUGUAUGUGCACUCGUCUUAAUGUUAGCGGACCUCCUGUUCUGGCUGACGAUCCUGUGAAUGCGCCUAUGACGCGGACCGCAACAAUAGUCUUACUUAUCAACACUAGCUGCCGCUUCUGGCAGAAUCAACCUUUGAAUAAAUUGAAAGAAGAGUCUUUGCAUAGUGGUACUCGCGUCGUUGAAAGAAAAUCUUUCUCAAGGGGGUAUCACAGAGUUCAAAAAAUCCCCAAACUUUCCCCCUCCAGCCAAACUACUUACUCUUCCAAAGUGAAAAUUCGUCAAUUUCCAUCUAUACUCUUCCCACAUCGAUGAGUCUUGUCAAUAUGGGCAACACUGUCGAAAGCAGAGUAAAAUGUGCUAUUCUGCAGAACUGAAUCAUACAACUCAGUCAUACAAUUGAUGUCUGUUUUGUGAUAGAUUUGUUAUUAGGGCCACUCAGGGUUUAUAUACCUAUAACGUUUAGUGUGUAUAAAAUACCAGUAAUCAAAGCUAGUAUUGUGUUGGUUGUCUCUGAAAUGUGGGCCGAUCGAAUCAAGCAAUUUUUUAAGGGCAACGUUUUAGGGGAACCUAAGCAGCUUCUGGUAUUUCACCAUCGGACUACAAAGCAAAAUAGUAAACGUCUUACAAACGGACUUUAGAGAACUACAGACAACAAUCUUUACUGUAGUUAAGAAAGUUCAAUCAUCGCGCCGACUACCACCCCGCUUGGGGUCUAUUAUUUCGGCGAAAAUGUUCUUUGCGUACUUCAGAAUUUGUGGUCCAACGUGGAAUUGCUCGCAAAGCUAGGAAAGCUACGAGACUCCCGUUUUGUUAUUUGUAUGCAAUUUUAACGCUUUCAGCGUUCGUCUGUAUCGACAUCGGUUUAACAAAUUUUCCUGAAAGAAACAUAUCGAGUGGUUUAGACUACUCUAACUGAAGGGGCCUUAUUAAAGCUACCCAAAUCACAGAAAAUGCUUUCUACUUAACCUAGUUUCCUCUUUAACUGCUACGAAAUCAGUUAAACGGUACAGAUACUAAGGUAAAUGAUAUUAUAUGCAGUAGAGGAGAACUCAGGAGCGAGUUGAUCAUAUGUGUUUUUUGUGAAAGUUAUCUGUCGGAGUGUUGAGAUUCUGGGGCUAUAACGCUAGACCUAUAUUAGAAUAACUUCACUUACUUGCGGCAACUUGGUGACUAUGUUGAGUUGGCUCGUGCAUGUGCAACUUGUACAUUUCAAUAUUUUCCAAUUUGAAAAAAGCGGAAUUAUAAUGCUUUAGUGCUGCGGGGAACUUCCUGUCGUGCAAACCGUGAUAUCGUCUACAGUUACUUAGAACUGUUCUAAAAACGCCUUUAGGUUCCAAUUUAUGGUUCUAAUUUUCUCAGACUUGAUUUAUUUUGGAAGUCCGGAUACUUGCCCUGGCCUUGACAGCAGAUGACAGUUCGCAGUCGCUUUGAUAACGGUCACUGUAGUGCAGUCGCAACAGACGUCUCGCCGGAGGAGUCCGGAGGUACAGAGUCACGCAAUUUCGUUGAGUUUUACCUCCAGUGUUAAAGUCGCCGACUUAGGAAGUUAAUCAGGAGGCGUUUGCAUGUUUUCAUGGCCUGACUCGUCUCGCAGUUGCCGUUCAACGAGUUCUGGGGAAACCAACACACUUUGGAAAUCCAAGACGAAAUGAAAAUCAUGUUUUGCAAUCGGAACAUAUGGAUGGACGUCACGCAUAUGCGAUUGAGUUUUAUCAAUCACCGUCAACAGAAUCUGAGCUCGCAGCUAAAACAAAUGAGCAGCAGUCUGUGUGACUAAGUUGUCCCUGAUUGGGACCUCUUGUGAUUUCAACCUAUGUUUUUCGUAUGCCCAACUGACAACUUGGCCAAACUUUCGUCCGUACGCCGGUUGCUUGAUUACGACUAUGCUGAUAGUAUCGUUCUAGUAGUGCCGGGCUGUGUUGAACGGCGAACUUCAGUUCCAUAAAAUCACCAAGUCAGUCGUUUUUUCCUAAAGUAUGAAGUUGCUGUUAAAUGACAUGAAUUAUAUGGACACCGUCGAUUGAGUUCGUGUUGUUCACAGGGCUCGCUCAAGCCCUAGAGUAUUUAUGAACCGGUUGUCAAGCUUCCACAGUUACGAAGAUCCCCGUCCGGCCAGUCCUGUACAAUUGCGAAUGCUGAGCUGUGCGUGUAAAGGGCCAAUGAAAGCUGAAGGUCUUGGCUUUCUUUGGACGAAGCAUACCAAAAUUUUCCUAACGAGACAGUCCUUAGUACCGCAAUAGCAAGUCGCUUUAGGGCAGGACCGUCAAAAACAUCAUCCGUCCACCAAGGCAAUAAAAUUCGAAAUUUGCAAGGUUUAAGCAGAUUUAUUGCCUGGAGCAGCUUUAUCCCGUCUAACUUCCUCUACAGCAACCAACCCUUUGCUCAUUUUCUGAUAAGAAGCUACAUUACGUCAUGCUUGUGAGCUUCCCAAAGGACCCUUUGGGAUGCCCGUCUUCCAACUCAUACGUACAUGUAUAUGUAGAAUAUUUGUGUUUGGUAGCUAAGAUGGCGAAAAUCACACCGACUAGGGAUUGACCUUAAGGGCGUGGUUUAUUACGGAUUUAGAUAGUUUUCCCAGUAGGAACAAAAAUGUACGUCCCAGAACCUAAACAAGGACCAAAAGAGGAUCUCUUAAUCAGCGACUCACAGUUCUAGUGGGAAACCUACCCCUCAUAUAAUGCAUUGUGUGCAUGCGACCCCGGGAAUGUCAAUAAGUCGGUUAAAACCCUUUAGAUGCUAACUAAUUACCCUUGGAAUGCCGUGCUCGUUUGUGUUUCUUCGUACUUUUGCACGGUUUGUUACUCUGCCUUCUUACUCAUCCUCAUAGACAAAAACAAAGACAAUCAGCAGAUCAUAAAAUCUUCGGCAGCGUGGAUUCAUCACCGACGAUGGAGGGGAUUCGCAUACAAGCCGACUGGGAUAAGGCUAUUAUGUAAGUGCCGGUCUUCCAGUGGGUGUUUACGAGAUUUUGUGUCUUAGCGAGAAGGAUUCAUCCUUUUGGUUCCACUUAUAUGACGCUGGUAAGUAUGAUUUUACGGAAAACGAAAACCAAACUCGGCCUUCAGAGAAAACCUACUAUCACAAAAUGUUUAUCAAUCCCGAGGGCGGCCUUGAACCCGACUGUGACCGCGUCAAGUGUUCCGUCGUUACCCCAGUACGUUUAUGACCAUGAAACGUAGUCGACUAGCACCACUUUCCAGUCGCAAAGUUGUCUAUUUUUUCUGUUUUGAAGAAGUCGAUCUUGCUGAAGGACAUAGACCGGAAUCUGCAGACGACUUUUCGGUGCCCAGAUGUAAAGUUCUCCACCAUACACAAAAUCACGAGGCAGGUAAUCUUUCAAGGCCUUCUGUGGUAUCGUAAGCACUUUUCAACGUAGCCCUCAAUGCACCUGAAUUCCUUUGAUGUAAACAAUACCGGCGAAUUGGCGGUCUCGGCAGCAAGCGAUCAAACCGUGCUUCUUUGGGAAACCAGAACUGGCGAUGUUCGGGUAAGACUAUUUACUGGGCAAGGUACACUAGAUUACGACUUGUAACGCAUUUUUGUCUCCUUGAACUGCUUUCUCUAACAGCACCAUACCUUUAUAUGACGAUUUCACUAUAGCCUGAUGGCAUGUGUAGUUGAUUGUUCCAUCUGCCUUUACAUUUGUAUGUCAGUGUUAUUUUAAAGACCGCACAAUGGACGUCCACGCCGCAGCUAAGGCUCAAGGAAGUUGUAGCUUACUCUCGCUAUCAAUUGCCAGGAGAGGCAGGACAUAUCUAGCCUGCAGUCUUCUAAAGAGCUAUCCCGGAAAGGGCGUUCAGCGGUCAGAUUACGGAACAUAGUAGUACCGUUCCUGGCGUCCUCACAACCGCUCCCAUAACAACCAGCAAUGAUGCGGUACAGAGUACCGUCAAGGGUAGGAGAGACUGGGGUCGGACACGGGUCCCCCACAUACUACAGGUGACCUUACGCUAAAUUUCCAGCAGGACGCCUGUCCCCAUGUCCCUUCCUUAACCCAAACGUUCCUAGCCAUAACGCCAACGUCAACCCUAACACCACCCUUCCCUGGUAGGGGACCCCGACCGAUCGUUCUUACGGAACUCACUCGUUCCGUUUUGACUUACGGACUCUCUCUCGAGCCCAACCAGCAGCCGCACAGCGGCGCAUGAUGUAGGCAGUAUGUUAUUACCGGCAAAGGCAAGGGAAACUGGAAUGGCCAUUUUCGGCUUAUUAUCUGUCGUCAACCAGUCAUAUCCAACGUCGAAGUGUGGAGCACCUGAAGCUCGAAAUCGCGGCCUGUUAGUUAGAAGUCCAUGCCUCUAACCACUGGGCCACGAGCCCGUUGCCCUGUCGGUUUUCGAUCGGGAAUAUACAAUGGUAGGGGGCGCUCACCGAUCGUUAUUACGGGACUCACUCAUUCCGUUGUGACUUACGGACUCUCUCUCGAGCCCAACCAGCAGCCGCACAGCGGCGCAUGAUGUAGGCAGUAUGUUAUUACCGGCAAAGGCAAGGGAGACUGGAAUGGCCAUUUUCGGCUUAUUAUCUGUCGUCAACCAGUCAUAUCCAACGUCGAAGUGUGGAGCACCUGAAGCUCGAAAUCGCGGCCUGUUAGUUAGAAGUCCAUGCCUCUAACCACUGGGCCACGAGCCCGUUGCCCUGUCGUUUUCGAUCGGGAAUAUACAAUGGUAGGUGGCGCUCACCGAUCGUUAUUACGGGACUCACUCGUUCCGUUGUGCCUUACGGGCUCUCUCUCGAGCUCAACCAGAAGCCGCACAGGGGCUCAUGAUGUAGGCAGUAUGUUAUUACCGGCAAAGGCAAGGGAGACUGGAAUGGCCAUUUCCGGGGCUUAUUAGCCGUCGUCUGCCAGCCGUGCCCAACCCCGAAGUGUGAAACACCUGAGGCUCGAAAUCGCGGCCUAUUAGUUAGAAGUCCAUGCCUCUAACCACUGGGCCAGGGAGCCCAUACUCCCGUGCCCGACCGUUUCUGAUUUGUUAACUGUCGUCAACCAACCGUACCCCACCCUAGGUCUGGGUGGCCUUCGCGGCCAUGCUCGCCCCUGUUGGGUCUCCAUGCGUGAUCAAGAGCAGGAGUGCUGACAAGCGCUCGCCAGCACUCUGCCGAAACUCCUUGCGUGCGCCAUGUUCCGCAUCCUCCGGCCGAAGAUGGCAGUCUGCAUUUCACUCUGACUGACAUAAGAGACUUCUGAACACUGAUGUAAUUUCUCGCCGGUGCUUCCGGCUGCUGAUUUAAGGUCCUCUUGGUUUCUUGCUUUAUCAGCUUUUGUAGAGUGACAGAUGUUGUACGAAGGCCUUAGUAAUAUGGUGCCCUUUUAAGGGUUGGUUGUGUGGUCAUGACUCAGUUUUUAUAGGGUGGAUGCAGUUGUUAUCACUGCGUGCCCCUCAAAUGGGCCAUACUGUAGAUGUGUUAGACCAACCCGAAGGCUACAUCGGAUUCUGGCAGGUCUUAUCGAGAAUGCGCACCAAUGACAGAUACCAACACUGGAUGCGUGUUGGCGCGCCAGGUGCGGACACACGCUGGGCCAUUUAAGGUCCUUGUCGCCCCCAUUUUUGCUGUUGAAGAUCCUAGUCAAAUGUCUGUUGUGAACCAGCGGAGUGCUGUAGUACACCCAGGUGCGGGUUCGCACCGUGCCAGCCACAUACACGGUCUUCUUGACUCUGUCUUGAUGCCAAAUCCAGAUGGUGGAGGAGGAGGGGGAGGGGGGGGGAGGAGGAGGGGGGGGAGGAGGAGGAGGAGAGGGCGCGGUAGGUGCAGCGCAAGAUAUCCAUCAUUAUAAGAUAAUUCACACGCAGUUCACUGUCCCUAAUCUCACUCUACGGUGGAGUACGCGAUGAGCAUCGCCGACAACGACACUCAAACUGUUGUGCUAUCCCUAGGCUUAUUAAGAUGUCAGACAGGCAUGCCGAAAUAGAAUAGAAAGAGUCGAUCAUCGCGAUGGCAUCGUUUCCCGCGGAUCUUUCGGAAGCUGCAUACAGUGCAUGACCUAACUCAUGAAAUGUGUCGAAAUUUACGAAUGAUUGCGAAUCCCUCGCAACUCGACUCCAUUUCAUGAGUCAAAUAUCUAUGGUAAUUAUGUACAAGUUUAAAAGAUUUAAAAACUUAAAGGAAACCUUAUAGGCAGUGUUGCGUUGUUUAGAAAUGUCGAUUUAUUUUGAAAAGCCCAAUAUCCCGAAAACGUCAGAAAUGGCUCUAAUUAAGUAAAGUUCGUUUUUAGAGGUAUAGACCGAAUUCUCAUACAUAGAAUCACGUUUAAUAACAGCGUUUCAGUGACGUUUGCAUCUAAAUAUGGUUUAAUAAGUAGUGUGAAUUCAUAUAUGACGGUCUGUCAACUGCCUACACUUUGGGUUUAGAUUCUAAAACAGUUUUCCAUUAUUUCCUUGACUAUGUGGAGUUAAAUGAGAUGGAGUUCAACGAAAGAAGCUGGAUUCUGCUUGAUUUCGCCGAUGGGGACGUCGUGGGAUCGAAAGUGUUCAUAAGGUGACAUGCCACGAGGCCGGCUAAUAAAUUUAAAUAGGACUGACAGGCGUGAUCGUUAACAUACCAUUGUGUGUUUUUAGAGAGAACUCUUUAUCCGUUAAGUUUAUUUACACUUCUCGUUCGUUUUGGAUUACGUUGAGUUUCAGAUCGGCCUCGAAAUCUUGCUGAAUAAUUCAUGAUUUUCAGUUUUUUACCCGAUCGCCCAUAAAGGCAGAUUCUGAAUUACCUGUCUGUUCAGAACUUUAAAAUAAGAUUGUUCUUGAAGGCAUUUACCGAAUUACUGAGUGUUCGGGCGCCCCUUUUCACGAAACUGGUCGUUUGGGUCACAUUUGAAGACUCGUUCAAACAUCAAACCUCAUUUUCGAGAAAAAUAAUUGUCCUCAACGAAAGUCACCAACGAUUAUGCCUUGAAUCAAUCAGAAAACUUUCCUUAAUAUGUUACCUCUUUAGGAAGUGCUUUAUUACUGCACUUUGUCGACGGAUCUCUGUGUACUUUGCAUUUUUGCGCGGCGGGGCCAAGUAAAAUUUUGACACUUUUGACAGUUUCUUUCACGUUCCUAAGCAAUAAUAAUAUUCUCCUACCACAAACGCACGAACAUGCCUUUCUCUAUACAUUGCGGCCAUUUCUACUGUUGUUGUUAACUUUUAGACCCCGUUCUUCGAUUAUGAUUGCACCGCAGAGCGCCCAUACAAAUACUAAUAUUUUGAUUAAACUAAAAAUGUUUUGCUCGUUCUAUUUCUGAAAAAAGUAUGCACAAAAGUUAAAAUACUAGAAAAGGAGCGUGUCAUGUGUUUAAAGCUGAAAAUGAUCAUUCCGUGGUGGUCAUCUAUAUGACAUCAGGUAGAAUUUUUCAAAAGACUAAAAAAAUUCAGCCCAUUUAAACGAAGGAAUCUCUGUCUGCGUUACUAUUGCACUUUAGGGCACCAAUUCGCACAGAUCUGCUGAUUUGACAUAAAGGAAUUGACAAUUUCCCUGGUUUUCUUAAAAUAACCUUUUUGUUAAGAGAUUGAUAACCAUGGUCAACAUCGGACACGAAAUAAAAUUUCUAGUCCGGCAAAAUCUGUUUAUGAAAAGUCUCGCGAGUAAAUUACUAUUCUUUCAAUGAAAAAGUCGCUCAGGUGCGUAACUGGAGCCUAGGACAUGUAUUAGCAUAGGAAAUUGCACGAAUAUAUUCCAAAGUCCAUUUUCGCUGAAUCUUAUGAAUAUUUUACUUUAUAUAAUUAAGUAAACACAAUAUAUCCACAAGAAAAGGACACUUUAUUGAAGGAUGUGGAUGAGCGAGGAAAAUGCGCCACGUUAAAGGCGUCCAAAAAUUCUCUUAUCAGAUUUCAUGAGAUAGGUCAGGUACUAUAUGUGCCUGUGCAUCAACAGAGGCUGGCCCUUGUGCUGUUUGCGACGGCACUCUCAACCGAACAUGCAAUGUUUGCUGCCUGGUCCUGGAGAGGGUCGCCAUGGUUAACCACUCACGAGGGAAGGGAAGGAGGGUGGGCGACGCGGCCAAUCUUUUGGUGAGCUUGGCCACCUGCGAGGUGUGUUCUGCGCCCUCCAAUCAACGAUAGUUUUUUUUUACUUUGAUUAAGCGUUCCCCCGCCCUCCCCCCUGCAGUGGCCGACCUGCGGGGUUUGAUGGACUGAAUGCGGUUGCGUAGUACGAAACGCCAGAGACGUCUUGAUUAUUGUUGCAUGCCAGUGUACGCUGGUCGGAUUUAGGUGUGGUCCCCCACACGAGCCGUGACUUAUUGUCGCGUCUCUGUAGGUCUAUUACUGCACUGCAUCCACCAGAGGUGUUUUUCAGCUGGCACGCGAAAACAACUCUUUGUAGUUAUUCUAUAACUCACAAACGUAUCAUUACUAAGGGUUUGUAUGACUUUGUACGGAUUACCUGAACCGCUCGUCUUUAUAACUAUACUUUUGAGACGGAUGCACAUUUAUCUUUGGUCUCCUUUUCAAACGCCUACAUUCUUCGAGAAUGCUACUUUUUGGUUAUAUCCUAUCCAAUAUGGUCUUGGAUGAAAGCUCUUCGAUCCAGACUCAUUAAUGACCCUUAAGUCUGAUGCAGAUCAUCAGUACGCAAAUAUGACUCCAGCUACGCGUCAACAGAUCCUGCCCUCCUCUUGCCUGUUUCAGCGCUCAUUUGCUGGGCAUGUCAGUGAGGUCUACUGCUGUCGUUUCUUCCCCUCUGGAUUGGUUGUUAUCACGGGUGGCGCGGACAUGCAGUUAAAAAUAUGGUCAGCCCUCGACGGAGAGUGCGCUGCAACACUGCAACCGGGUUCUGGUGGCGCCGAUGGCAGCGGGCCCAAGGAACCGGGUGGACAUCGGUCUGGUAUUGUAGACGUCGACUUUAUCGAGCGGGGAAGGAAUAUUGUCAGUUUGGAUCGGGGUGGUUGGUUACGUCUAUGGGACGUCUCCACACAGGUUAGUUUUCCUUUUCCUGUGCCUUUCAGUUUUUCCGCAUAGUAGGCACUCAUAAUUUUGGUGUCUUUUCAUUAGUCUAUUUUGUCUAGUGGCCUUUUUGGAAUCAAACUUCAAUACGGAAUGGGGAGUCCAUUAUGAACCUUAUGCAGCGGCGACUUUCAGCGUUCAUUCCGCACUCAGGAGCUUCCAUAAGUCGCACUCUAAUCCAGUCAUUUUUCCACCCACUGGUUUAAUGCGACAAACUGGACUGCAGAUCACCAGCAAUAAUUUGCUCUGUAAAGGCGUGUUUGCAGUUCUCAGAAAACCACCAAUACGUCACAUAUUGUGACCUUCAACAGCAGUAAUCGUCUACCUAAAGAAAUAAUUUGAAAAAACUUUAUUUGCUGGGUUUGAGGCGCACCUCACUGUACCAGCCGACGGAAGACCUGGGCUAGCUGGACAAAUUGAUACUUUUCUUGCCUGAGUAGGCACCAAACGACGACCCGAGGUGGAUUUUGCUCGACUGGGUUGUCUGCAGAAUUGUCUGGGUAGAAAAAAAAAUCUGUGUCAAAAAUUACCCAUUAAAAGUUUGUCGUAAGGGAGGCCGUGGCGAAUGACUUGAACCGCCCGCAGUAAACAGACUUUUUCCGCUAUCAUCCAGUUUUAUGCUGUGAAAAUGUUUACUUGCAACAAUUAAGUAGACAUUAUGUUUAAUUCUCAAUGAUAAAGGAGCAUCGGUAGUCCACUUUUGUAACUGGGUUAUUUGUUGAUAGAUUAUGGCAAGCCCUUCAAGUUAAACACAUUAUUUUAAUAACUACGACCCCAUGGUUUGCAAAAACCGACUACUCAUUAUGCGUACUCUUUACUCCAAACUUGCAGAUUGCGAUUUCAGCCAUGUCCGUGGUGCCGGAGAAGGAUGGCGGCAGGGCGCAUGUCAAUUGCGACAUUGAACACGAACCGCAGUGUUGUGCCGUCAAGAAUCGCCACUGGUUGUCGACCCCGGCCUGCGAUGUUACAGAAGUGCCUUCCAGCUACUGCAGUAUGUUUUCUUGCCAACUACUGCGUGUUUGCGCAUGAAGUAGAAGUUUUUACGAGUACAUUGGCACACUACUUGGGGCGGCCUGUGUAUCCCCUCCUUCACUGCCGCCACGCAUGCAUCCUAGUGGUUUAUAUCUGAUGCCUGGGAAAUAAUUAUUUAGACAAACCAACACUACCGGGCAGCAAAAGCAGUCUGUUCAUUUACAGUCCACCACGCACCCCGUUUCCAUCAAGAUCCUCACGAAAUUGUCUAUAAAGCGACGGUCAAACCCCGUUAUCCGACUUGGCUGGUUGGCUAAAUCAAAUGUGGGAGAUAGCCAGUGUGCCUCUCAUACGUCAGUGCAUUUCUUUGCGAAGCCUUGUUCAGUCGUUGCAGAGGAGUUAGGCCUCUUCUUACCUGACCAGCCACCACCCCCAUUAUCACUACCGUGGAGGGUGAAUGCGGGAAGGUAAGACAUGCUCGAUGUUGCACAAGCCUCCCAGAGCAUUGCAGAGGGAAGUAGCUAGUGAUAGUUCUCCUCUUUGACGAAAGAAUUAUCGAGUGCAUCCCGAGUAGGAACAACCAUGGUUGCUAAUGACGCCCUGCCUAUCCUCUUUGUGCUCCCUAGCGACUUAUUACAUGGUGCAGAGGCUCCAGUCUUGCGCUAGUGCAGUAACAGAUGCGUUUUUUACUGAAUCACUUUAAACUGACUGGAAUUACUACUGAAAUGACUACUCCAGUUGUGCUAUGCAGCGGCAGGGUUGUCAGCUAGCGCCUCUGCUGUCAUUAUGGCUAAUGAUGCAACAUGUGUAUGCUGCUGUCUGCCGGUGGGCAGUUCGGGAAUACUGCGUGAUUAUCCCGUUGAGGUUGGUGACUUUCGACCUAGAUAUUCAAGUCGACUUUUGGACUGAGGCUAUAAAGCUUUAGUUCGAAUAAUUUCCUCCAAGGCAGUGCAUUUGUCUGCAAGAUUGAAAUUUUAAAACUACAGUAUCUACCAGAAAGCACAUAGGGAGCGCCGGGAGGACCCCUCGUAGCUGUGUUAUAUUACAGACGGAAUAUCGACAAAACACGUGUCUCGGCGUUGAGUAAGUACCUGUUUUGUCAAUAUGGUGAAUAACUUAUCUGUCCCCUCAUAGCCACUUUGCGUUUGUAACUUGCAAAAAAGGAAAUUGAGUGCCCCUUUUGAUCUUAAAUCAGACAGAUGUUUUAGCGACAAGGUUUGGGAACUUUGCGAUUAAUUUCAUUCAGUCACUAUUUACUCAAUUUACUGAGAGUGCAUUGAUUAAAAUGUCAUGCUCAGACUGACUAUUAAGUGGCGUGUGAUUAUUUCGGGCUAAAAGACGACUACAAUUCCGAGCAGACAGUGGUUUCACUGCGUUCAUUAAGCAGUGCCAACAAGCACGAUUUGGACGCAACUAACUAAAAAGCAUACAAAACAUUGAAAGAAUUCAGCAGCCUUUGUGAUGAGGCAAGUUUUAAAAGGCAAAAAAAGCAGUGCUCCGAGAGCACGACAACUUCCUGUCGCCAUGUAUCGAUUUCCCUGCCUACUAAUUCAAAAAGGAAGAAUGGUAAUGCAAGGGGAUGGGCGAUGGAAACGACAGUUUUACGUUUCAUUGAGCGAAUCUGAGCUGCACAACAAAAAGUACAUAUCCGGAUGGACUGUUUUUGACACUCGGAAAACUAAUUGGAUCAUUAAUGGCAUGAGGACGCUUCAGGGUAUUAUAAGGAAGUUCCAUUAUGAGGGAUACUGCCCGAGAAAAAGCGUGAACGGUCACGAAAAUAUUAGCUUUUAAAGUAGCUCGUCCGUGUUUUUAAGAGACGUUGUAGGAUCCCUUGCGUUCAAUCCUGAUUAGUAAUGUUGGUCAAGUUAAACAUGCUGCUACUACUACUACUACUACUACUACUACUACCACCACCACCACCACUACUACUACUACUACUACUACUACUACUACAACUACUACUACUCUUUCUUACUCCUUGAUAACCCGCGAUUCAUUUUUUCAGCAGUAUCCUUCAUGCCAUUUUAGUUUUGGAGACCUCAUCUUCAAAAGCUACCGCCGUAGGGGUCACCGAUAAGCUGGCCGCGGUUGGAACUGGUCAGGGUGGCGUGGUCUGCAUCUACGAUCUGACUUCUGGCGAUUCUAGAAAGGCUGGGCCGUCUCAUCGGCUCGUCCUGCCGUCCGCCUCGGGUGCAGUGACCGCAUGCUGUUUUUCACGUACCCCAUCGGACGAGAACGUGGCAGUCAGUCAGUCAGUCGGUGCAUCAGAAUCGGAAGUGAGUGUCGAUGCGGACGCCUUCUUCGAGGAGUACGGACUCCUGGCUGGUGGCGCGGAUGGCCAGGUAGCCUGCUGGGAUCUACGGCAUCCGAGGUAGGACUUCAUACCACUCCUCACCAGUAAUGUAACAUGGCAACCAUCUGCGUACAGUGCAUUACGCUAAGCUGAUACGGAAUUGCUCCCAGUCCACUAAAAACUCUUGCCAUACAGAUUCCAGCACCGAGUUACCGUUAUGCUCAUGAUACCCUACUGCAUUGGUGAAGACGGUAGACACCAGGUCUUUUUUACUUAAUCACAUUUAUUCAUCUCUCCCCAAGGUCAGGUUUGUUUUCUCCCCUACACACCGUCGCUCGAGUUCAUUGGCACACACCUGCUAAGGCAUGAUCGCAUCGUCCUUGAAUAACCCACUGUUCUAUUCGUGUGUAUGCUGUACUGCCGUCUUCCUUUCGUCGAAUGCAUUGUACAUGCGGCACUCAGUGAUUGCUUAUCAGAAAUUGCUGUCCCAACUGAGUGUAAUUCAACUCCUGUGGCUCUAACUUCAAGUCACUGACUGAUUUAAGGACGGAUAAUGGCUCCCUUUGGGCUGUCUGCUCGUUUGUCCCUAACCAUAACGUUUGAUGCACUGAAUACGAAGGUGACGGUUACGAGUGGCGUACCUCAGGGCUCCAUUCUUGGUCCCAUCCUCAUCCUCAUAUGUAUUGAUGACUGCAUCCAUGGGGUGGACUGCGUUCGCUGACGACAUGAAACUUUGGAACGUCAUCCGCAACGAGGAGGAUGAGGCAAAUCUACAGGCAAACUUAAACCGUUUCGAGCAAUGGUCAAGUCACUGUCUUCUCCCGUUCAAUGUUGCCGAAUGCAACAUUCUGUGAAUUGGCAAAACCAGCUCGGCGCAUCGGAGGAAGUACCAUCUAAACCACACACCGCUACCAGCGGUAGAGGUUCAGAAGGAUCUAGGUGUGUGAAUAACAUCCUCACUGAAGUCAUUAUUCCACUGCCUGAAGGUAGCGAAAUCCGCAGUGUCCAGCUUAUAUCUCUUCAAGCGGACAUUUUCGAAGAUCGACGAAAAGUGCUUUAGCGAGGUCUUCAGGUUAUUCGUGCGACCACAGUUGGAAUUUUCCAUUCAGGCCCGAUGACCCUGGUCUGUUAAAGACCGUGCCACCAUCAAAAAGUCCAACGACGGGCAACCAAGCUUGUCAGAAGUCAAAAAACCUACCUUACGAAACUCGACUGUCCAAUCUUGACCUCUUUCCCCUGGACUACAGACAGUUAUGUUGCAACUUAAUUCAAACGUUUCGCAUGCUGCGGGGUCGGGGUUGUUGCCUUGCAUCCAGCGACUUUUUUUUGACCGGCCACCACUGCUAGGUUGCGAGGACAUCCCCUCAAACUACUUGUGACUGGGGCAAAAAUGGACGCAAGGAAAUUCUUAGUCAGCCGCAGGAUGAUUAAGGCAUGAAAUGUUCUGCCUGUGGACGUCGUCAUGUCCUCAUCCGUGGACACAUCUAAGAGGAAGCAUGACCGGCACAGGGAUAUGUACCACCACGUCAUCAGAAACUGACAAUUUUUCCCCUUGUACCACGCCGAGCGGGGGAGGAGGAGAGAGUGUAGGUAGAUGCUACGCAAGUCUACUGGCACUAUAAACCCCUGCGUAAGUCACCGUCCCUGCUCCCAACGCUGCUGCAGCUGUGGGGCACACGGUGGACAUCGUCGAAAUCGACGGUCGAACUGUCACCACCCCGAGCGUUACACGUUACAGGACAUGCUACUCCCUAUAGAUAAGUAACAUUAUGCGAUAACGUUUUCGUUAACUGCCUCAGUCGGACGCGCGAACCAAGAAAUCCUAACUGAAGCGUAAGCGUUCGUUCCCAUAUUACGUGGACCACUUCAGUACCGCGUAAUGAUUAUUUUGAAACUUUGACACAGUAUGAAUACACUAACACAUUCAUACAACUUCGUAUAAUUAAUUUCCUACCCUUCUUUCGCACUCGCUUUGCGUGUUGUUUUUUGUUUGUGGCGUUAUUGUAACCAGUAGGGAGUACAAAGGCGUUCGCCGACGUUUCCCUUAAUAAACUGAACUGAACAAAUGUAAACAUGGCCAGUCCCCAGAGUGUUUUGCAAGUCAAGAUUUAGGCAUAACUUGUAUGCUUUCCGUUCUAAGUUUAGCUCUGGCAUUGAGCUUUACGACUAAUUUCUGUAAGGCCACGCUAGUUAGCCGACAGAAUGAUUACGUCUGUACCAACUUUGAGAUCUUAGAGGGCUGGCUGUUCCUUCUAGCUAGGUAUCUCGUGUGCUUGAUGCCUUGCAAGCAAGAAGGUCGCACUUUUGACUUUCAGAGUGAUCCUCCUAGCUCGGGCACCCCUAAGGCAGGAUGGUAAACAUCAGGGGGCGCAGGUUUCAGUUGUCAGUUCCAUCAGCAAACGCAUUAUCCUCCCUCCGAAGUACGUGAACCCUUGUCAUUACCAAUGUGGCGGUGGGGUAAGCUGACUGCUGUAAGUUUUACAGGACCGACCAGAGACCGCCAACCCGGAGGAGACGUCAGACCAGGCCGCCACUGCAAGGGCUCAAAUGAACUCUGCCGAGGUGAUGGCUGACAACACUGGCACUUUUUGGGACCUGCAAUACAGUCACCAAAAUGCUGAGACAGCAAAUGAAGCAGAAAAUCGGUCAACGAUUAGCAAGGCAUUUGACUCUCCGUUUGAAUUUAGCGCGUUAAACGCCUCAACAGUGGUGAACCGACUAAGCUCUCCUAGGCCAAAUUCGUCCCGUUGAAGCCUUUUCUAUUCUCGAAUCACCAUCCUGAAGCCCUCAACAUUACCAACUUGACACUGAUGUCCUAGUUUUGACGCCCUAUUCAUCAGUUACGCAGACAGGUUACUUUUUGACGAGUUGGAACGCCUUUGCUGCCUCUUUUUUUAAUCAUGGCCAAAUUUUGACAAAUGGAAAUGCGCUGCCUACUUGGUACGGCUGUGAUCAGGCCGAAUCUAGCCGCGGAUUGUACCUUCCCAUGCCUCUGGAUCUGUGGCAGCGGAUCUGGACAGUUCGACCCACUCUCAUCUCCAACGAUGGAUACUGAAUAUCGCAGAUCCAAGAGCCACUUCCAUGCCUUGACGAACUGUGCCAAGCCAGGUUUUGAGUUGACCUCCGCUUCGAGGCCUCCAGGUUAACAACGGCGCCAGAUCGAGGUCAGCGGCAGUGAGAUUGUGAGCCGGACAACGGAGAACAUGCCCAAACCGCCUCAGUCGUUUUUUAGAUGACCUUGUAUAUCCUGGUGAUGUCGCAACAAGUGUGAACUGUCUCUUUUGGGACGAAUUCAGUCUGCCGAACUCGAAGAAUAGUCUACUUACUUGAAAUAUCUGGUGCGGCUACGAUCAUGCCUGCUCUAGCCGACCUCGAUGAUGUCCCGAAUAGUACCCCUCCACGCAUGACGAUCCGCAGCAGCAGAUCUGGACAGUCCAACGCAUUCUCUUCUCCAACGAUGGAUACGGAAUGCCCAAUGUUAAAGAACCACCCCCAUGUCUUGACGAACUGUGUCGAGCCAGGUCUUGAGUUGCCUUCGACGGGUUAACGGUGCCGGACCGAGGGCAGUAACAUUGAGCUCCUGAGGUGAGCGACGAAGAGCAUGCCCAAACCACUUCAGUCAUCUUUCUUGGAUGGCCUGGGUUAUCCGUGCUAUGUUGUCACAGCGAGUGCGGACUGUCUCAUUUGAGACGAAGUCCAUGCACUUCACUCGAAGGACAGUCCUCAGAGAACAGUGCUUAAGUUCAUCUAGUUUUUGCUCGUCCUCCAGAUGCACAGUCCAACAUUCACAACUAUAGAAAAAGACUGACACGGUACACGCUAAUCUUUGUGUCGAUGAAAAUGUCGCGCCGGGUCCAUAGACACCUCUAAGACUUGAGAAAAGCGGGCAGACAGCAUCAAUCCUGGAGACAGAGUUAUCCUCACUCUAUUCAUCCGGCAGCAGCCCCGCCCAGAGGUGUCUGAAAAUGUCUUCUUCCUCAUAUUGACAACCAUUAACCGCUAAAGGUACCGUCUGCAGUGAUGGGUGUAGCCUGAAAACACUCUGUUAUUACCAGCGUUUAUGGAUAAACUGACUGAACUCGCGACCACAUUCACCCGUGACACCGGCAGUUCGACUGUCGUUGUCGACGAUGUCCAUCGUGUGUUCCACAGCAAGGUGUGAGCAGGGCAGGCGACUUGCGCAGCAUCUACCGCACUCCCCUCCCCCGCCUAGGCCCGGUGUCAUAACAGAGUCAAAAAGAUCGGAGGCGGGAGAGGCCGAAGGCGGCUGACAUGACGAAUGAACCCGCACCUAGGCGUGCCACCACACGCCCCGGUCCACAACAUACCCCGACCAGGAUAUGCGUGGCACCAUUACCUGCAGACCACUAAGGCUUGCAAUUAGCAAAACGACAUGUCCAGCAACAAAAAAUGCGCUGCAUCACUUGUUCACUCCUGUCACCCCCUCGGAACUUUACUGGUUAUUGUUGGUGGCUGGAGGGAUUGUGGGAUUUCCCCCUUGUUACGAGCCGCGCCCAUCUGACUGAAUAAUCCUCAUCAGAACCGUAAGGGCGUGAACGCUCGGCGUCAGGUGUGUUUGCCCGAUCGCCGGUGCUUCCUGCUUCACCAAUGACGGUGGAUGAUUCUGUGGAGAAACCAUAAUUCCUCUUGUUUCAGCUGCUAGGGGCAGCUGCGUAUACACCGUGGUGUCCAGUGCUUGGUGUGAGGAGUUGGUCUCCCGUCCUUCUGAGCAGGAUGCCUUCCUCCUACCCCAUCAGCUCAGGUGGACCUACGGUGUACUAACUGAAUAGACUUUUUCAGGCGCGUCUCGUUGGCCUUUUUAUUCUUACCCACUCUUUAUGUUGGAAAAUUUCAGCAAGACGGUAUUUGCUCAAACUUCGGGAAAGUCUGGCAUAACGCACUUGAGGACUUAUCGGUGGCCAGGGCGCAGCUUACAUGACCUCGGCGACGAAGGAAAACCGGUGUCCCUUUCAUCCUUCACUGGCCUGUUUGUAGCUCGACGUAAGUCUCCGUGGCGGUCGAUUUUCAUGAAUCAAGCAUCACACAACUGCUAAUUAUUACGGUUUGUUAACGUGGUGACUAAUUUAGGGUGAAUUUCCGUAAUUAAUUGAUUGAUGCACCUGAAAUGUGAGGAAACAUGUCUCUUCAAUCGGUUUUACACACAAAACGCCGAGGCUUCUUUCUACGAGAACGUAGGGCGUUAUCUUAAAAAUGGCACGACCAGGCCUACCACGAGUGGAUAACAUGGUUCAUUUAGUGAAUACUCACCAUAACACGCGCAAGACGCCAGAUAACCUACCAAAGCAACUACUUGAAAACAAACUUGCGGAUUUUAUUGCGCGGUCUUCAGACAGCUUUGUCCUACGGCAACAGCAGACCCUUCUCAGGGUUUCGCACCUACCGUGGCCAAGAUAGACCUUCCAUUCGACGCGAAAAACGAACCGAUAUACAUCAGGUAACUGCGACUGCGGGUCAUCUCCCCACUCUCAACCUGCGGCCCCAUAGCACUUCGCCUCUACCCUCUUCCUCCUACCACUCAUUCCCGCAAAAAAACAUUAAUUAUAAUUCGGUCCGUCAGCCACUUAUCACAGUGUUGCGAUACUUUAUGCAAGUGAAACCGACACUCGGGGAUCGGGAGCAAAUCUGCGCUACAGUAAGUCUGACGCAUUCGAAUCUAUGACGGUGUGCUAACAAACGUAGCCAUGACGACAGCCAACCGACGAGAUAAUUCCGUUUUCGUGGGAGUAUUUUCGAGCGACUAGAGGGCUGCAACGGCUCCUUUCCAGUGUGACCUGCAUGGCAUUCUCACUCGUGCUAGAUUCCAACCGUCCCUAAAGUAGCCUCGUACGCACCUUAGGGAUCAGACCGUGUGCGGCACGCGUAGACGAACCGUUUGGUUUUGGUUACUGCGUCCGCGCCCACCUCCGAUUGUCCCGACACUGCCUUGCCACCGGAGCAAUGUGGGUGAGGAAAGGUGGAGUGAGGUGGGCGAUGUUGGGUGCAAGCCUGCCGCCUCGGCGCCCACUUCAUGGCUUGCAGCGGUCAAACGCCCAUAUUACCUUUUACUCCUUGAUGUUCAGAUUAGAAGUCGGCUGGAUCGCAGUUGGUAGCCAUGCCCCGUAUUGCAGGUGGCUGGGGGGGGGGGUUGUUUACUGGGGCUAUUUUGUGGAGUUCCAUAAUCACAUCUGACCCAUUUGGCUUCCGUUUUACGUUCGAGGUUAGGAUUAGGGUACCGGUUAAUGGUUUCCGAUUUUCGGAUUAGGGUUAUGCCUUUAGGCUUAGGUUUUCGGGUUACGAUUAGGGGUUGAGCGUACAAUUAGGUUUCAGUAUUACGGUUAGGUUUUUUCAGUUACGGCUAUGCCUAGGGGCUACGGUUACGUUUACGAUUUCGGAUAGGAUUGCCGUUAAGGUUAACGGUUAACGUUUAAGGUUGAGGUUAGGAUUGGGGUUAAGGUUAUGAUUAGGGUUAAGGUCGCCGUCCGCUUUCCCAUUCCUGGCUACCAACUGCGAUCUAGCCUAGAAGUCUUUAAAAAAACGUGCGUUUGCCUGGACUGACUUACUGGACUAACCUUGUGUGUUCUCUUUCACAGGAGAUGGCCGAGUCACCCUGCAGCCUCUGGCUGCCAGUGGAUCACAGAGCACAGCUCACCAUCUUCUGGAGCUGACUGGUCCGGAUGUCGACUCAAUUCGCGGGUUUUCGGUGCUGGCACCGGCUGCCACAGCUGGUGACGAGCCCUCUGUCAACGUCUGGUCUGCCACCAAUAGCGGACACUUUUUCCUCUAUCGAAGGCUUACUGUCGAUUCUUUGGUUGCCUGA